AUGUUUUCGUCCACCUGUCCAAUUGGGGCCCCUUCCCGCGACCCGAUCAUCAAGAGGAAGAAGCCAGCAUCCAAGCCGGCCCCUAAAUGCGCUACUCCCCCUCCCUCAUCCCGAGCAGAGCGCCGAAAGGGCAUGAUCAUCACCACCCCCCCUGCCCUUCCCCCAUCCCCAUUGCGCUCUCAGCGCCGCAAGGGAUUGAUUCUUGCCGCCAACGAGCUCCCUCCAGAGCUCAAGAAUCUCCCUCCCUCACCCCCACCACCAGCCUCACGACGCAACGGCAUGGUUCUUACCGCCAACGACCUUCCUCAAGAAGUCAAGGACCUCAAGUUUGCUGGGGGAAGCGUUACCAAACCCGCUUGA